GAUAUCAAAUUAUGUUUUAUUGUCUUAAUUGUGUACCAUCUUCAAUUUUGGAUCUGUGAUUGUAAUUCAAAUACAACUAGACAUAAUGAGACUCUCAUUUCACAUUCGGAACACCCUAUUCUGUCUGUCACUGGCCUAUCUACAGUUUGUCACAUCCAAAACAUGCGUGAAAAAAAGUUCAUGUCGAUGUGAAUAUGAUGACGGAUCUGGAGCUAUUGACUUCUCAAGUUUGGGGCUGACUAGUGGUGAACCUUUAAUUAAAGACCAAGUGAACACGUUGAAUAGCAACCUGUAUUCCUACAACCCGUGCCAUCCCUUUACAGAGGGGGACUGCAAGGAGGUCGCGGCUUGCGAGGUCGCUGUGGAUCCAUUCAGCGGCGUGGCGACCUAUACGGAUAUUGGUUUACAAGAAGAUUCAGACUUCUUGUCUGAAAAUGAACAAACGGCCAUCAGAUACACAACGGGGUCAGGCAUCGUGACUCAAUCUAUAGUCCUCCUAAUCUGCGAUGAAACCCAGACAGGGACAGCACAGUUUGAGGUUGUUAGCUCAUCUUUUAGUAGUGAUACGUUCAGCCUGAAGCAUGCAUGCAUGUGUCCUGGGAAAUGCUCUCCAGAAGCUGCUGCCGUUGGUUUAGGAAUAGGAUCAGUGCUGUGUGUCAUCUUUGCAGCAGUGGUUAUCGGGUACCUGAUCGGGGGUGUCGUCUUCAUGAAGGUUGCAAGAGGAGCAUCUGGUAAAGAGGUUGUGCCCAAUGUGGAAUUCUGGACAGAUCUGCCAGUGUUGAUAAAGGAUGGUACUUUCUUCCUGGUGAACAAGGCGACAGGCAAAAAUGGAACAUAUCAGAACAUCUAGAUAGAUGUGGUUCCAUCCGAUGGGGACUAUCAUUGGUAGAUUGCUCAAUACCAGCAGCUGGACUGAUAAGGAUUAUCUUACUCAGCGAGAAGGCAUCGACUAAGAGUAUGGCCCUCUGACGAAGUCAUCACAACCUGUAGAUGUACCAUGUCAA